GUCCAGACUUACAGUUCGCAACCGCGCUUCUUACGUAUCUAGGCCCAGCCGACCUAGACAUAUCAUAUUCUCCCAAUCUCGCGCUGUGCAUCAGUCAUUAAGAGCCUGACCAAGUGCGGGGUUAAAUAUAUGGGAUGUAACUUAAUAAAUGACUGACGGGUUUGGGCACUAUCAGUUAUGAAGACGCUUCUUCAAUGCUUUUCAGAGGCCGUUUUCAAACUCUUAGAAGUUUCUAAGUGAGCUCUAAAAAAGAUAGUCCAAUCACCACAAACACAAGGACUACCUUCUAAACUCCUCACUGCUACUUCGGUAGACUUUGCUAUUGCCUCCCACACUCACGAUCUAAGGCUGUGCUAUUCUAUUAGCAAUAGCAAGUAACCAAUCAUGAUAGCGGAUAUAGGCUUCUCGGUGAUAAGUAGCGAUGGAAUAGAUCCUUUGCUAGAUAUCGUACUGAUCCAUGGGUUGGGAGGUCAUCCAGAAAAAACGUGGCGAUCGAGUUACAAAUUCUGGCCACGAGAUCGCCUAGCUAUAUCAUUCCCUAAAUCAAGGGUCUUAGUGUACGGUUACGACAGCAAGGUCACCAAAUUUGGCACAGGGGCAGCAAGCCAGAACUCAUUCCUGGACCAUACGCGGCAUUUGCUGCUAGAUCUAAGGGGCAUCAGGAACGAGAACCCUACUCGACCUCUACUAUUCAUCUGCCAUAGCCUGGGUGGUAUUCUAGUGAAGGAUCUCCUUCGAAGAUGUGGGCCUGGAAGAGAGGAUCACGAAUCAGAGUCACGAGAGAACAUUUUCAAAUCGACCAUUGGUAUUAUAUUCUUAGGCACGCCCCAUCAAGGCGGAGGUUACGGGUCCCUCGGCAGAGCUGCGGAGCGGGUCGCUAGGUAUGUCGGGUUUGAUACUAAUAAUUCAAUCCUCCGCGACCUGACCGGCAAUGGGACAUCCUUACAAAUUAUACAGGAGGAGUUCCUGAUGAUCCUUAAAAAACGCUCGCCUGCCCUGCCUAUUUAUUCCUUCCAAGAAGAGGAGGGACUCGACCUAUCCUGGGGACUCAAGGGAAAAGUAGUCGAUGAUAGCUCAUCAAAGCUGGGUUACGACUAUGAGACUGUAGCUACACUUCCUGGGAAUCAUAAGCAAAUCGCUCGGAUUGAAGAGGCGUACAACCGUCUAAAAGACGCUGUGGGGUCAUACGUCGAAAGCAUCAAAAGCUCAGCCAGAGUGAAUUUAAUAAAGCAACUACCCUACGAGCGCGAUUCCUGCUUCCUCGGACGACAAAAGGAACUCGAAGAGAUCCACGGCUUCUGCUCGACGGAUGAGUUCUUCGAAUGUGCUAUCGUUGGUUUAGGAGGCGUCGGCAAAACCCAAGUUGCCGCUGAACUUGCGUAUCAACUUUGGGAGAAGGAAGCGUCCAAACCAUUAACUCACAGGCAUUAUAUUUUGUGGUUGCACGCUAGCAAUACUCCUCGCCUUGAGCAAAGCCUAAAAGAUCUCGCGUGUAAGCUAAGGCUCAUCGAAGGUGAUCUUCUCCCAGCCACGCGUGACUGGCUCAACGGAGUGGGUAGCGGCAAGUGGCUGAUUAUUAUCGAUAAUGCUGAUGACGAAGAUGUAUUCUUUGGCGAUAACUAUGUGUCCAAGGAUAGGAAAACAAGGCAGAGAUUUUGCGAUUUCCUUCCAAAAAAGGAGGGUUGCGGUAUCCUAUACACUUCAAGGAACGAGACCUGUGCCCGAAAUUUAACGAAAAGAAGCGGCCCCCCAAAGCUAGUGAAGGUUCAUCCGAAGGCUUACCUGAUGCUUUGGGACGGGAGAAAAGAGGACCAGCAAGACUUGCUGAAAGAAAACUUUGUUGACUGGCGCCGAGGCUUGGACUUGCCAAAUGCAGUCUUUUUCUCUUGGGCACUUUCAUUCGAACAGCUGAAGAAGCGAGACGAGGACGCCGUACGUCUACUAUCCCUAAUGAGCAUACUAGACAGACAGAGCAUACCAGGAUGGUUACUUGAUUUUUACCCACCUUUGUCUCAGUCUCAGCCCCGUCGAGCCAAGUCUCUCAGCCUUCUACGAUCCUUUUCUUUCAUCCACCCUCACCAAGACACGAGUAGCCAGGACAAGAAGUGGCAAAUGCAUCGACUGGUGCAGAUAGCGACUCAUACCUACAUCGGCCCGGGUGGUAUGGAACAAGCUCUCAGAGACGGGUUGAGAAUGCUCGCAGAGGCGUUUAUCUCAUACAUAUUCGCAAUCAAUGGAAUGCUGCUCCGCUACGAGAGGAGCCUGGAAUAUUACCCGCAUGCGAAAAGUGUUAUCUACAUGCUAAGAAGCCUGGGAAGCCCUUUUCACCGCGGAAAGAGCACUUGCGAGCCGGCCACUAUAGUAAAACAGACUCUAGAAGAAUUCGCACGCAUGUUCGAAGGUAACCGCGGGGGGGAUAUAUUCGAAGGGUCUAGGAUACAUACAGAGAUCGCGUUUCAAAUGAUUUCACAGGGUGAUUCUAAUUCACUGGAGGAUAUUUUCAUGUUCAUUAGACGUGCAGGGUACAUGAGCGCGAAGCUAUUCGCUUAUAGCGGCAAGCGGCCGUUGGUGAGCGAUUCAGUAUAUGGUGAACUUAAGCCACGAGCUGGAGAGCCGGAGGUUGUGGGCUUUCAAGACUUUGAGAAAAGCCUGAUUUGCGAUUCCUCAAAAUGGUCGUUCAAUGGCGAAGAAUUUCGCAGAACUCUAGGUCAGUCGACGAAGACAUCAGGCGACAGGAUAACCAUCGAGACUUUAGGGGACAUGUACAUAAGUGAGCAGGACUAUAACUGGUACCCAGGUGCUUCGAAUGCUAUCUAAAGCUAUACUAUACAUCUAGACUGUAGUUGUAUGGUUACGAACGAAAGUUCUAGCGAAUAGCCCCUAAGCAGAAGAAGGGCUCUCCCUUGAAGAUUAUUUAUUACCUAAAGCUUCGGAGAGAGAUCGUAGAAGUACGGAUAUAACUCCUAGAACAGCUCAUUCUUCUCCUGAAUUGGUGAUCUUGUCCAGCUGAGCUUGAAAUCAGCGGGAAUGCUUCUAUUCCGCUACGAGCUCCAUAGCUCUAUCCUCCACAACCAGCGAUAGUUCAAUUAAAUCGAGCACUAAAUCUUCG